CCCCCAGCAGAGAGACCCCAGCAGCAGCAGCAGCUGAUGAUGAAGAGAGAGGCAGUGGCAGAGGGGGGGCACCUUUUAUUUCUAUUUUUAAAGAGACAGGACACUAAUUUUACCCCACUUCAACCUUGAAUCGCGGGGGGGUGGGGGGAAGGCGGCGGAGUUCCUUCCCCCACCCUCCAGCCCCGAGCCCGGAGAGAGGGAGCGAGCCCGAACGAGAAGGAGACGGAGUUUCUUCUUCUUCGAGAAGCCCCCCCGCGACUCCGACCCCCUCACCCUGCCCCUCCGCCCGCCUCCCCGGCGGCCGCGCGGGCAGAGAAGGCGCCCCGGAGCCGCUCCGCCACAGAGCCGCGCCGCUGCCGCCGCUGCUCCCGCCGCCGCCGCCGCCGCUGCCGGCCCCGGCUGGAGGCGUCUCGCGGCCCCCGGGAGCAGCCCUGCCCGCCGCCGCCGCCGCCGCCGCCUCCACUCCCCCCUUUAUUACCCUUUGUGUCAUCCUGCACGGCUCCCGGGAAGGCACUCCGAAGCGGGGGGCAGCGAAGAUGCUUGUUGAAGAUGUCAGCUUCUACAUGUGGGAAGUAGAUACUGAAGGCUAUUUGGUAUACAGACAAGAUCUUUAAAAGAUACACAUUCAAGGAACUAUCCAGUGUCAAGUUUUAAACUCAUAUCUUUAAUCCAUUUUGAGUUCAUUUGUCUGCGUGAUACAAGAGAGAAGAGGUAUUUCCUUACAGGGAUUCAUAAAGGUUUGGAACACCAAGAGAUUCACCACCUCCAUUAUAUUACUGGGUCCCACAACACUUGUUAUGUUUUCGUCAGUUUCUCUCCAGAAGAGGUUGGGAACUCGAGUACCUACAGAGUCUGCGCCGGCGGGAAUGAAGCAGGAAGCGGCCACAGUGAGCCCGAGAGCCAAGUUCUUGGUGAAGUAGCAGCUGCAUCUCCCUUCCAGACCACUGUUGCAAGGCAGGAAUGUUGACCUAGUGUGGCCACAUUCUCCAGGCUCCCAGACUAUAUUUUUGGAAUUUUGAAGACAUGAAAACACCAGAAGAAUCAACCUGCAACUUCUUGGAUUCAGUUUGGAAGAAGAUGAGAAAGUCUAAAGAAUGUGGCCUUUAAAGGCGGGUAGUACCUGGAAAUAUUAACCGACUCACUGUUAAAAUGAGAUCAGCUUCUAAAGAAUAGAGGUUAUUUUAGUCCAACAUCAAAGCUUAAAACAAAAUGUUGAACUAAAAACUUUACACUCCUCCCUUCCCACAUCAGACAGGUGCCAGCAUUGGAGAAUAUGAUUUUCCUUAGUAAGAAACAUUCAUUUUCACCCAUGUGACCAUCCUUAGGAAUUUAAUAUUGGUAUUUAAUGUAGAAAUAAUGGGAAACUUACUCUUAACCACAAUGGCAGAUUUCAAGGACUCGGUUUCAAACUGAGGUGAAGCUUCCCAAUGCAUUUUGUACAGUCAGAAAAACUGUGCUGCAUUGGCCACUCUUGAAGGCCAUCAUGCCCUGUAAUAUAAGGAUAUCAUCUUUUUGCUGAUAUCUUUGGAGAGUCCCAAGCAGACACAGAAAAUGAAUGGAGGCAAGGAGUGUGACGGAGGGGACAAGGAUGGAAGUCUUCCAGCUAUACAAGUUCCUGUGGGUUGGCAGCGUCGUGUGGAUCAAAAUGGAGUGCUUUAUGUCAGUCCCAGUGGGUCUUUGUUAUCUUGCUUGGAGCAGGUUAAAACAUACCUGCUUACUGAUGGAACUUGCAAGUGUGGCUUGGAAUGUCCUCUUAUUCUUCCCAAGGUGUUUAACUUUGAUCCUGGGGCUGCUGUGAAACAGAGAACAGCAGAAGAUGUUAAAGCAGAUGAAGAUGUCACAAAGCUAUGCAUACAUAAAAGGAAAAUCAUUGCAGUGGCCACACUUCACAAGAGCAUGGAAGCCCCACAUCCUUCUCUGGUGCUCACCAGUCCCGGAGGAGGAACAAAUGCAACUCCAGUGGUACCUUCACGGGCAGCAACUCCGAGAUCCAUACGAAAUAAGUCGCAUGAAGGAAUUACAAAUUCUGUAAUGCCUGAAUGUAAGAAUCCUUUCAAGUUAAUGAUGGGGUCCUCCAAUGCCAUGGGAAGGCUGUAUGUGCAAGAACUGCCUGGAAGCCAGCAACAAGAACUCCACCCUGUCUACCCCCGGCAGAGAUUGGGCAGCAGUGAACAUGGACAGAAAUCUCCAUUCCGUGGCAAUCACGGAGGCCUGCCCAGCCCAGCAUCGUCAGGUUCUCAGAUCUAUGGAGACGGCUCGAUCUCUCCAAGGACUGACCCACUUGGAAGUCCUGAUGUUUUCACGAGAAACAAUCCUGGCUUUCACGGAGCGCCCAACUCCAGCCCCAUUCACCUGAAUAGGACUCCUCUCUCUCCCCCGUCAGUAAUGCUACAUGGUUCUCCUCUACAGUCGUCCUGUGCCAUGGCUGGAAGGACUAAUAUACCUCUGUCCCCAACCUUGACUACAAAGAGUCCAGUAAUGAAAAAACCAAUGUGUAAUUUUUCAGCCAGUAUGGAAGUACCACGAGCAAUGUUCCACCACAAACCACCCCAAGGCCCACCUCCCCCCCCUCCGCCUUCCUGUGCUCUUCAGAAAAAGCCAUUAACAUCUGAGAAAGAUCCACUUGGCAUUCUCGACCCUAUUCCCAGUAAACCGGUGAAUCAGAACCCUGUUAUCAUUAAUCCCACCAGUUUCCAUGCAAAUGUCCACUCUCAGGUACCUGUGAUGAAUGUAAGCAUGCCUCCUGCUGUUGUUCCUCUGCCAAGUAAUCUCCCUUUGCCAACGGUAAAACCCGGUCACAUGAAUCACGGGAGUCAUGUACAAAGAGUUCCGCAUUCAGCUUCAACCUCCCUGUCCCCUUCCCCGGUGACUUCCCCCGUGCACAUGAUGGGGACUGGAAUUGGAAGGAUUGAGGCAUCGCCCCAAAGAUCACGCUCAUCCUCCACCUCAUCAGAUCACGGAAAUUUCAUGAUGCCACCUCUCGGACCCCAGGCCACUUGUAGUGGUAUUAAGGUUCCGCCCAGGUCACCAAGGUCCACAAUAGGGUCCCCAAGGCCAUCAAUGCCAUCAAGCCCAUCAACCAAGUCUGAUGGACAUCAUCAGUACAAGGAUCUCCCUAACCCAUUAAUUGCUGGAAUGAGUAAUGUACUGAAUACCCCAAGCAGUGCAGCCUUUUCCACUGCGACUGCAGGAAGUGGUUCUGUCAAGAGUCAGCCUGGUUUGCUGGGGAUGCCUUUAAAUCAGAUCUUGAACCAGCACAAUGCUGCCUCCUUUCCAGCAAGUAGUUUACUCUCAGCAGCAGCCAAAGCACAGCUAGCAAAUCAAAACAAACUUGCUGGUAGUAACAGCAGCAACAGUAGCAACUCUGGAGCUGUUGCUGGCAGUGGCAACACUGAAGGACAUAGCACUUUAAAUACCAUGUUCCCUCCUACUGCCAACAUGCUUCUCCCAACAGGUGAAGGGCAAAGUGGUCGCGCGGCCCUCAGAGAUAAGCUGAUGUCUCAGCAAAAAGACUCAUUGCGGAAAAGAAAACAGCCACCUACCACAGUGUUGAGUUUGCUCAGACAGUCGCAAGUGGAGAGUUCUGCAGUUCCCAAACCUGGGCCUGACCUGCUAAGGAAGCAGGGUCAGGGCUCAUUUCCCAUCAGUUCAAUGUCUCAGUUACUACAGUCUAUGAGUUGUCAAAGCUCUCACUUGAGUAGCAAUAGUACCCCGGGUUGUGGGGGCGCAAAUACUGCUUUGCCUUGCUCUGCUAACCAGCUGCAUUUUACAGAUCCCAGUAUGAACUCCGGUGUUCUUCAGAAUCCACUGACACAGAACAUACCUUUAAGAGGGGAAGCCGUGCACUGCCACAAUGCAAACACUAACUUUGUUCACAGUAACAGUCCAGUCCCAAACCACCAUCUUGCAGGUCUAAUAAAUCAGAUUCAGGCUAGCGGGAACUGUGGGAUGCUCAGUGAGUCGGGCAUGGCUUUAGGAAAUUCAUUACAUCCCAAUCCACCUCAGUCAAGAAUCUCAACGUCCUCUACUCCAGUGAUACCAAACAGCAUUGUUAGCAGCUAUAAUCAAACAAGUUCUGAAGCAGGCGGUUCAGGACCAUCAUCCUCCAUAGCCAUUGCUGGCACCAACCACCCCGCCAUCACAAAGACAACAUCUGUUCUUCAGGACGGUGUCAUAGUUACCACGGCAGCUGGGAACCCACUGCAGACUCAGCUGCCCAUUGGGAGUGAUUUUCCUUUUGUUGGCCAAGAGCACGCACUUAAUUUUCCAUCCAACAGCACUUCAAACAACCAUCUUCCACACCCCUUGAACCCCAGCCUUCUCAGUUCUCUACCUAUCUCUUUGCCAGUGAAUCAACAGCAUCUCCUAAACCAGAAUCUAUUAAAUAUCCUCCAGCCUUCAUCAGGAGAAGGCAAGUCUGAGAUCAACCUCCACCCUCUAGGUUUUCUCAACCCAAAUGUAAACGCUGCUUUAGCUUUUCUCUCCGGUGACGUGGAUGGGCAGGUAUUGCAGCCUGUUCACAUUCAGCUCCUAGCAGCCCUGCUUCAGAACCAGGCCCACGCAGCUGCCAUGCUUCCCCUGCCCUCUUUCAAUCUGACCAUCUCAGAUCUUUUGCAACAACAAAAUGCCCCCUUGCCCUCAUUAACCCAGAUGACAGCCCCACCAAACCAUUUGCUAAGCAAUCAGUCAGAGAACAGCAGAGCCGAGACCCUUUUAACCAGCCCCCUGGGGAACCCUAUACCAAGCUUUGCAGGCAGUGACACUACUUUUAAUCCCCUGCUCCUCCCCACUGUUACUGGGGCCUCAGGAUUAAUGACCUUGAACCCCCAGCUGUUGGGAGGUGUCCUGAACUCGGCAUCGGCCAACACCGCUAAUCAUCCAGAGGUUUCCAUAGCAACUUCCUCCCAGGCAACCACUACCACAACCACUACAUCAUCAGCAGUGGCAGCACUGACUGUCUCAACACUUGGUGGGACAGCAGUGGUGUCAAUGGCAGAAACAUUGCUGAAUAUAUCUAAUAAUGCUGGGAAUACACCUGGUCCAGCUAAACUCAACAGUAACUCUGUGGUGCCACAGCUACUUAACCCUCUACUGGGGACAGGUCUGCCUGGUGACAUGUCCUCAAUAAACAAUACUUUGAAUAACCAUCAACUGACUCAUCUACAGUCGCUGUUAAACAACAAUCAGAUGUUCCCUCCAAAUCAGCAGCAGCAGCAGCAGCAGCAGCUUCUCCAGGGGUACCAGAAUCUCCAGGGCUUCCCAGGACAGUCCACAAUUCCUUGCCCAGCUAACAAUAACCCCAUGGCUUGUCUGUUUCAAAACUUUCAGCUGUAUUCAAAUCCUCCUUGCUCUUGUUCAAGGAUUACUCCUCGAAGUGCUUGGGGGACCAUACAAAAUCCUGGGGAUGGAACCCAGUUGUGCAAAGUGAGAAUGCAGGAAGAUGCUGCUCUCCUGAACAAAAGAAUAAUAAGCACUCAGCCAGGGCUCACAGCACUUCCCGAAAACCCAAACACUCCACUUCCACCUUUCCAAGAUACAUCUUGUGAUUUGCAACCGAGGAUGGACCCAUCCCUUGGUCAGCCGGUGAAGGAUGGCCUCGUUGCGGGUGGCCACGGGGAUGCUUCCGUCGAUGCCAUCUACAAAGCAGUUGUAGAUGCCGCCAACAAAGGAAUGCAGGUUGUCAUUACCACGGCAGUCAACAGUACAACUCAGAUCAGCCCUAUUCCAGCUCUGAGUGCCAUGAGUGCCUUCACUGCCUCAAUUGGCGACCCGUUAAGUCUCCCCAGUGCUGUCAGUGCAGUCAUUCAUGGGCGAAACAUGGGCAGUGUCGAUCACGACGGGAGGCUGAGGAACACAAGAGCGGCUCGAUUGCCCAGGAACCUGGACCAUGGGAAAAACUCAAGUGAAGGCGAUGCGUUCGAAUACUUCAAGUCAGCAAGUUGCCACACAUCCAGAAAACAAUGGGAUGGGGAGCAGAGUCCCGGAGGGGAGAGAAACAGGUGGAAGUGUGAGGAGUUUUUAGAUCACCCAGGCCAUGUCCACAGCAGUCCUUGUCAUGAAAGGUCCAACAAUGUUGCUACACUGCCAUUUCUACCCGGGGAGCAGCACCCAGUCCUGUUACCACCAAGAAACUGUCAAGGUGAUAAGAUUCUGGAGGAAAAUUUCAGGUAUAAUAACUACAAAAGAACUAUGAUGAGCUUCAAGGAGAGACUCGAGACCACUGUGGAAAGAUGCGCACACAUCAAUGGGAACAGACCUCUGCAGAAUCGGGGCUUCGGAGAGUUGCUAAGCGCCACCAAGCAAGACCUGGUUCUAGAGGAACAGUCUCCAAGUUCCUCCAAUAGUUUGGAAAGUUCUCUGGUCAAAGACUACCUCCAUUACAAUGGAGAUUUUAAUGCCAAAAGCAUGAAUGGGUGUGUGCCUAGCCCUUCUGACGCUAAGAGCAUUAGUAGCGAAGAGGACCUAAGGAAUCCGGACUCCCCCUCUUCCAAUGAAUUGAUCCAUUAUAGGCCAAGGACGUUCAAUGUUGGUGACUUGGUCUGGGGCCAAAUCAAAGGACUGACUUCCUGGCCUGGGAAAUUAGUAAGAGAAGAUGUUCACAACUCGUGUCAGCAAAGCCCGGAGGAAAGGAAGGUGGAGCCCGAGAAAUUGAAGACACUAACAGAAGGUUUAGAAGCCUACAGCCGAGCCCGGAAAAGGAACAGAAAAAGUGGGAAGCUAAAUAACCAUUUAGAAGCUGCUAUUCAUGAGGCCAUGAGUGAACUGGACAAAAUGUCUGGGACUGUUCACCAGAUCCCACACGGAGACAGACAGAUGCGACCCCCUAAGCCCAAGAGGAGGAAGAUCUCCAGAUAACAGGGACUGUUCCACCACACACAGAGUUUAUGAAAAGAACAUGCACAGAUGUGUCUGUCCAUAGGUAUUGAUAUAGCCACUGUUAUAUCAAUAGUUAUACUAUGACAGAUAACUAACCACCACAGGGUGCUAAAAGAAACAGUGCAACUUUUUUUUUUGAUCAGGAAGGAAAAUGCUGGAGAAACCAAUCAAAAUCCCUGAUGAGAGUAAUCAAUGGUCCAGGAUGACUGAAAAACUCUUUUUCUAUAAUACUAAAAUUGUGAUUAUAAGAAAUAGUCCAAAUGUUUCUGAGGAAUUUUCCAUGUUGUAUAUAGAAAAUACAGAAUUUCCUGGUGAUAUCAGCAAUGUAAAUAUUGUACAAUAUUGUCAUGUAUAAGCGUACCUAAUGCACACUUUAUCUUUUAUUGUACAAAGAAAUAGUGUACAAAAUUCUUUGGUUUCUAUGGAGUACACCUACCAGAGACUACCAGUGUAAAGUGACAAAUAAAAAUACAACCUAAAUGCUUUUCUAUGAUAAUAUAUAAGAUGCUGUUUUUGUAUUUAACAGCAGUGAAAAGGCAUGAUGGUGUAUUACCUGAAUCGUGACACACUGCACACCGCCAACUGUCUGUAGAUCCCACUGGGCCCAAUUUUGGUGUCCAGGACAUUGAAACCUUUGCCAAUUUCUAAAGAAGAGCGGGUUCACAGGUCUCAAUGAAGAAUCCAGAAACUGCAACCAUUUGUUGCAUAUUUUUUUUACCUAAGUUUUAAAGUAGAAUAGGUUUUAUAUAUAAAAAGAAAAGUCUUCGAUGGAAUAUUUUACUCAGUUGUUUCUUGUAGUUAAUGUUUGGGAGCCACCAAAUGAACUAGAGCUACUGGUGCUCCAAAAUGAGGUGUCUUCCCUUUUUUUGCAAACAAUCCCUGGCAAGGAAAAACUUUCUCUUCUUGUUCAGGAAAGCAAAAGCCUCACUUUGACUCUGUUAUCGGAGGUAAGGUUGACUCUAAUUUAGGGUUUUUGGGUGUUUUUUUUUGUGUGUGUGUAUGUGUGUGUUGGUGACAAAAACAAAUAUGAACCAUCAAACAAGUUUUAUAUCCAUUUAUUAGUAUGACCUAAAACAGAAGUUAAGGUGGCUUGCAAAAUUAUUAGCAAUGGUAAUUUUUUAAUCAGUAUUAUGUAACAUAUCAGAUUUAUUUUAUUUAAAGAAUUAUUUAUACCAUUAACAGAUUCUUAUAUAUAUAUAUUAAUGUGGCUGAAAUGUGCAGGUUAAAUCUAUUAACCAAAUUAUUUAUAUUAUAUUAAGUAAGAAAAAAUGUGAAACACAUGUAGAGAGAAAAUACUACAAGUAUACAAACCUAAAACUGUGAGCCAUUGUCAAGUACAAGGUUAUUAAUAAGAAAUGUAGCACAACAGAAUUUUCUUUCUUUUUUUUUUUUUUUCACAAUAUUGGUGGUGGCAAGAGAACCCCCUCUCCUGGGCAAUCAAGCCAAAUUUCAGACCUCAGGUCUGGCUUUAGUAAACAGCUUUCCAAUCAACGAGACCAUUUAAUCCCCGUGCUCUUUGAACAACCAGCUUCCAUCCCUAAACUCUUUACCCUACAGAGCAUGGCCUUGUCCCCUAGCGGGGGACUCACUUUGCAACUCGGACAGCUGGGGGCCCUCCAGAAAUAGGCUUUGGGUCAUCAAACGCCCACCGCCUCCCUUCCUUCUCCUCUCCUAGCCAGCCCCCAAUCUCCUCACUCCUGUGAUGUAGCAGAGUUCCAGUAACUCAGGAAAAAGGAGAUCAAGGUCAUUCCUCCAGUUGACUUCUUGGGGCCACCACACUCCGCCUGGGCUCACUUUUGACAGCGACAGUUCUUAGUUCUCCACCCAGGUUUCCUGCCUCUCAGUUCUCUCCAGCUCUGCUCUCACUCCUGUCCCCAAGCCCAAGAGACGAAACUGGCCAGACUGGGCUUCAUGGCCACACAGACCAGCCAUUUCUUCCGGGGGUAGAUUCUUAUGUCUUGCUUGUCAUGGUGGGGUCCUUCAUGAAGUCUGCUUGGGAAAAUCUAUGUAGUUAGUUGGCAUAUUUGUGUUACGAGUGAUGUGUUUGUUAUGAGGAAUAAUGUUGACUUUUUUCCACUCCCCACUUUUUUAAACUUACACCAACCUGCUUUUCUAUUGUUUUGUCUACAUGGUUAUUUUUAUCACAGACAGAUGCUUAUCUGUUUUGUGUGUUGCUUCCAUCUGCGUGUUCGUGAAGGUACGUGUGUGUGUGUGUGUGUGUGUGUGUGUGUGUGUGUGCCGAUGUGUAGAAAUUUUUUCAGCCUUUGCUCCUUUGUCUUUGGGCUGAGUGUAUGGAUCGAGUCCCAAGUCUUUUCAAUAUUUUAAGCUGCACAGGUCUGUCUUCACCCCCAGCCCACUGGGUACUUUACAUCUGUAGGCCACGUAAAGUAUGUGUGUGCCCAUGAGUUCACUGGUUGCUUAUGACUUUGAUGUGGGUGCGAGGUAUUAUUAUUUUUGUCCACAUGCGUGUUUUUCCCCGUCCUACAGUUCUAUGGUUUCAUGUAAGCAGUUCAUGUAAAUAUUGUUACCAUUACAGGUCACACAGUGCUGUAACAUUUUUUCAAAUGUUGCACAUACUUUGCAAUUAAAUAACUGGUCACUCAAAUUUGAAUUUUGCCCAUAGAGCCAUUUCUUUCUCUUUGUAUUGAAGCCAAUUUAUUUUUAAAAAAUAAAAGCUAGCUCUUCUACGUUAGCACAUUUUUAACUCACUACAAUGGAAUUCCCCCUCCCCCCCAACAAACUUGGAGAAUGAAAAAUUUUUGCACCUUUAAAUAACACAAUAGUCCUUCCUGGAGAAGGAAAUCUAAUUUUAUGUUGUGCACCUUAACUGUCUUAGGAAGCACAGGAGGAUGAACUUACUUUUAAGUAAGGUUUCUUUUCCUUUUUUGUUUUUUGUGCACAGGUGUGCACAGGGCUUACUCCUGGCUCUGUGCUCAAGGAUCACUCCUGGUAGGUUUGGGGAACCAUAUAAGAUGCUGUGGAUUGGAUCUAGCUUGGCUGCAUGCAAAUGCCCUACCCACUGUACUAUCACUCUGGCCCAAACUUUCACGUACUUUUCUAAGAUUAGAAGAGGCUAGAGAUAGUACAGCAGGUAGGGUGCUUGCCUUGUACACGGCUCGCCCGAUUCAAAUCCUCAGUACCCCAUAUGAUCACCUGAGCAUCACCAGGAGUAAUUCCUGAGUUCAGAGCCAGGAAUUACCCCUGAACAUUGCUGCGUGUGGCCCCAAAGAUAAAAAAUAAAAAACAAACAAACAAAAUGAACGGAAUUCUCUGAGAUGCUCUUGUUUGAUUGAUCUUAUUUGUUGUUAUUUAAUCAAUCGGGUAUUUUAUUUAUUUAAAAGAACAUUUUGAGUUUGCACUUUUCAUUUUGCACAAUCUCAUUGUCAGUGAAAAUGCUUUAAGAAUACUCAUCCCUUCUGACAUCUUGUGGGCCCUUAUUUAGAUCUUCACUUUUAGUUACUUGCUGUGUAUAUUUUCUAAGGAAGCAUAAUCCUCUUAUUUGACCUGAUAAUGAAGAAUUGUACCUUGAGCAUACAGCUUUCUUUUUGAUUUUUUAAAAAUAUUGUUUUAUUGGGUCAUACCCAGGGAUGCUCAGGGGUUACUCUUAGAUCUUUGCUCAGGUGUGACCCCUGGCGGUGCUGGUGAUGAACUGGGGUUGGCCACAUGCAAAGCAAGGUCUUAACCUCUGGUACUAUCUCUCAAGCUCCCUGUUUUCUUUUAGUUUUAUGGAGUUUCUCAACUAAAUACUAUAAGGUAAUUACUUAUAAAUUUCAGGACAUAGUAACACAUUAUGUAUAGUUUACUUUGGUUAUCUUGUUUGCAGUUUGCCAUGUUCUUAUAAGUCACAGAUUUUGUAUUGACAUUAAAAACUCUAAGAUGCUUAAGAUGCUUGUGACAUUAACUCUUCCUGAAUAGAAAGCCAAGAUUCUAGACCUUAUGGAAAUUUUGACACCAUGUUUACUUACCCAUUUUUGUCCAAAUGAUAAAACACAAGACUCAAGGUUUUUCUUUCUAUUAUGUAAAAUGAGUCAUGUACUACUUGAUUCAUUUAAGGAGUACCAACAAAUAAUAUGGGCCAGCCAGGGCAGUAAUAUUGAAUGAGUUUAUCUUUUCUCUUUCAUUCACUCUGUCACAUUUGCAUUAGCCAAAGAGAUUAGAAACAUUAGUAAUUUAUGUGUAAACAACCCAGAAGUGAAUUUUCAAUCAGCGAGCCAAAAAGCAAUAAACAAUUCAAGCAUGGGAAAUCCUGCUAACGGUGGGGAAUCUGAUAUAGAAGACCUAUAUAUAAAAAGCAUUAUCUUCAAUAUGAAAGACUCAUUUGUAUCUACUGUAAAUAUGUAUUAUCAGCCUUAUCUGCUCUUAUACACACUGUGUGUGUACCUCAGUGACCUUUUAUAAACCGCAAAAAAUGAUUUAAUAAUUUGUUGUGUAAAUACAAAGUUGUCUAUAAAUUGGAAAACUUGAUGCCAGAUGGCUUCACAAAAUAUACAACUGUGUUUUGGAA